AUGGCAACACCCGGAGACGACGUCGCACUUGCGAUGCGCAAGAAGCAACCCAAGCAACAGCUCACAAAAGGCAUGGAACAUAUGCGCGGCUACGUAACAGUAGACGCUCCACAAUCCACCGCGGACCAGACCAUCUCCCCAGGCGAAGAUGCAUACGGAGUUCCAGCAACCUACGAACCCAUCCGGAAACCCACCACAGAUUCCUCCCAAAACGAGCAAAAACCCACCGACCCCUUCCAAUUCGGAACCCGCUUCCUCGAAGAAGGCGACGACAUUUUCGCCCACAACGCCUGGGACCACGUCGAAGUCGACCCUCAAUACGCAGACUUCAUAGAAACCCAGACAGAGUUCCAACGAAGUAACCAAGUCUCCGACUUCGACAAGUCCCGCUUCAACACGAACCCGGAGAAGUGGUGGGAUAAAUUCUAUUCUAACAAUCAGGCGAAUUUCUUUAAGGAUCGGAAGUGGCUUGUGCAGGAGUUUCCGGUUUUGGGGGAGGUCACGAAGGAAGGGUAUGGGGCUGUGAGAAUUCUGGAGGUGGGAGCUGGGGCAGGGAAUACUGCGUUUCCGAUUCUUGCUAUGAAUCGGAAUCCGGAGUUGAGGUUGCAUGCGUGUGAUUAUAGUAAGAAGGGGAUUGAGGUUAUUCGUGCGCAGCCUGCUUUUACUGAGCAGGCGGGUGAGGUAUUGAGGGCGGAUGUGUGGGAUGCUGCUGGGGAGGAGAUGCCGCCUGGGGUGGAAGAGGGGAGUGUGGAUGUUGUGUUGAUGAUCUUCAUCUUCUCGGCUCUGGCGCCUAGUCAGUGGAGCAAGUGUGUUGAGAACAUCUGGCGCUUGCUCAAGCCGGGAGGUGAGGUGUUCUUCAGGGACUAUGGGAGAGGUGAUUUGGCGCAGGUCAGAUUCAAGAAGGGUCGCUAUCUUGAGGAGAACUUUUAUGUAAGAGGUGAUGGUACGAGGGUCUACUUCUUCGAGGAGCAGGAGCUCCGAGAUAUAUGGGGUAGUGGGAGCGAUGCAGAUGUAGCCGAUGCUGCUGAGAAAGAUGGACCGAAGACCGAAGAUCAAGCCAGAAGACCUGCUUUUGAGAUUGCGAAUCUGGCCGUGGACCGACGUAUGCUCGUAAACCGACAACGCAAGCUCAAGAUGUACAGAUGCUGGAUGCAAGGAUUGUUUAGAAAGCCUGCAGUCAUCAGCGGUAACGCAUCCGCAUAG